AUGUAGCGAGUGCCGGAGAUAGAUACAUAGACCCAGACGGGGGACUGGGAGAUAGAUACACACACCCACACGGGAGACUGAGAGACAGGUACAUACACCCACCGCUGGCUGGUGAGGGGGGAGAUACACACACUCGGGGGAGGGGAAAGACAUAGAUAUAACUGGGAGGAAGGGGGAGAGAGAGAGAGAUAGAUAGGAAGCGGAGUGAGAGGGAGAGACAUCUGGAAGGAAGGAGAGAUAUUCAACCGGGUGGGGCGAGAAAGCGGAGUGCUGCUGGUUUUACAGAUCCCUCUCUCAUGGUGCUCCUCCGGGAGGGGAUUUGUCCUGGAGCCACCGCUCAACUCAUCCAGGCUUUGAGGGACCAGAAUGUAGUAACAGUUGUGCAAUUGGCAUCUGCGCAUAUUGAAGACCUGGCGCAGAAAUGUUCUGUUUCCUACAAGACAUUGGUCGCUGUGAGGCGGGUGCUGCUUGCCCAGUAUUCCCCCUUCCCUUCCAAUGGGGCAGAUCUCUAUGAGGAGCUGCUGACUUCCACGGCCAUCUUGUCAACUGGUAACCGGAGCCUGGAUGCCAUCCUGGACUCGGGCCUUUACACUGGAGAGCUAACAGAGUUUGUCGGAGCACCAGGCAGCGGUAAGACACAGGUAUGCCUCAGCUUGGCGGUGAACAUAGUGUGUGAACUGAAGCAGAGAGUGCUCUACAUCGACUCAACUGGGGGACUGAGUGCCUCUCGCCUUCUGCAUCUGAUCCAAGAGCAGGUGAACAGCUUGGAAGGACAGAGUGAAGCUCUCCAGCGGAUUGAAGUGGUGCGUGUGUUUGAAGUGUACCGCCUGCUGGAUGUACUGCAGGACUUCAGGACAGGCUUCACACAUCAGGUGACUGGUCCUCGCUGCUCAGUGAAAGUUGUAGUGAUCGAUUCGGUUUCUGCUUUGCUCUCCUCCAUCUUGGGAGGUCAUCAACUCGAAGGUAUGUCUCUCAUGAUGCAACUUGCGAGGGAACUGAAGACAAUUGCCAGAGAACUGAAUGUUGCUGUAAUUGUGACCAAUAGUGUGGUCCAGGACUCUGGUGGUGGUGGUGGAGUGAAGCCAGCUCUGGGACGCUCAUGGAGUUACGUUCCUAACGUUCGUGUCCUGCUCCAGCGUGGGACAGAAGGAGCUGCUCUGCAGCCAGUGAAGCGCACAGCAACUAUACUGAAGUCAUCUCGGCAGCCCACCAGAAUAAGCACAGAGUUUGACAUCACUUCCUGUGGAACACUGACCACUCAAACUGCUUCCUCCCAGCAUUCUACUGGUGACCUUGACAACGCAGAUUGAAACCUGGCUGGACUUUCUGUCAACAGAGAGCUGUGUGUGAAUUUUGUUUUAUUGCAGUGAAUGUAUUUGGUGGCGUUGAUGAAGAUUGUGGAGGAGCAGUUACAUGGCAGCACAUUGUUCAUGUGCAAAGCCCACUCUUUAUGUUGUGGCUGGUGUGUUAGAGUCAGCCUCUCUCCUUGUAGAGAGGUAGCAGGAUGGAGAGAUCUUGGAAAUUUUAACAGCCUGUACAGAAGCAGGUCCAUCAGACCCUUAAGAGUUUGUUGUUUUUACUGUACAGCUUUAUAGACUUGGCUAUGGAUGUUAAAUGGUGAAUGACUGUGUAUGGUUAGCCAAAUGUCUUUAUGUAUCUACAACCAACAACUUGCAUUCAUUUAUGUAACCAGUGUGAGGUUACAGUUUAAAAGCCACGUCAUUUGCCCCAUCAUCCCAUCAUAGGGAGUUGGUGGGCAGUCUAAUCCUGGCACGGAUAAAUAAAUCACCCUUAUGCACUAAAAAGGCGUUGUUGACAUUCAGUAACUGCACAAUCUGCCUUUCAAACCAUGGGAAUGAGUGGACUGGAACAUUGAACAGGCCAACUCUCCUGUAGCUGGAGCUGAACCCACAUUAACAAUGCCAGUCAUACAGCACAAAAACAGCACCUUUGGUCCAACCAGUACAUGCCGAACAUAAUCCCAAACUAAAGUAGUCCCACCUGCCUGCUCCUGGUCUAUAUCCCUCCAAACCUGCAGUGCAGGGAUCCCCUGUGGCCAUUCCCCCCAAACAAUAAGUAUACUGUUGAGGGGGAUGACUUACCAGGGGAAAGCAGUGUGGUACAGGACUCUGGCACAGGGAAAGGGGAAGAGGAGCAGAGCAGUAGUCAUUGGGGACUCCAUAGUUAGGGGGUAAGAUAGGAGGUUCUAUGGGGACGAGAGAGACUCAUAGUUGCCUCCCAGGUGCCAGGGUUCGUGAUGUCUCUGAUCGUGUUUUUGGGAUCUUUAAGGGGGAGGGGAUGCAGCCCCAAGUUGUGGUCCACAUAGGCACCAACAACAUAGGUAGGAAGAGAGAUGGGGAUUUAAGGCAGAAAUUCAGGGAGCGAGGAUGGAAGCUUAGAGCUAGGACGAACAGAGUUGUUGUCUCUGGUUUGUUGCCCGUGGAAUUGAACACGUGGCUACAGGGAUGGUGCAUGAGGGAGGGUUUUGGACUCUUGGAUACUUGGGGCUCUUUCUGGGGUAGAUGGGACCUCUACAAGCAGGACGGUCUUUAUCUGAACCAGAGGGGUACCAAUAUCCUGGGGGGGAAAUUCGCUAAGGCUAUUGGGGUGGGUUUAAACUAAUCCAGCAGGGGGAUGGGAACCAAAAUUGUAGUUCAAAUAUAGAAAAGGUGGAGAGUAGGCAGGUCCGAAAUCAAGUUUCAAGGACGCAAGAUGGCACCGGCAAGCAAGAAGUUGGUUUGAAGUGUGUCUACUUCAACGCCAGGAGCAUCCAGAAUAAGGUGAGUGAACUUGCAGCAUGGGAUGGUACCUGGGACUUCGAUGUUGUGGCCAUUUCAGAGACAUGGCUAGAGGAGAAACAGGAAUGGUUGUUGCAGGCUCCAGGAUUUAGAUGUUUCAGUAAGAACAGAGAAGAUGGUAAAAGAGGGGGAGGUGUGGCAUUGUUGGUCAAGGACAGUAUUACAGUUGCAGAAAGGAUAUCUGGGGACUCGUCAACUGAGGUAGUAUGGGCUGAAGUUAGAAACAGGAAAGGAGACGUCACUCUGUUGGGAGUUUUCUAUAGGCCUCCGAAUAGUUCUAGAGAUGUAGAGGAAAGGAUAGCAAAGACGAUUCUUGAUAGGAGUGAGAGAGACAGGAUAGUUGUCAUGGGGGGCCUUCAACUUUCCAAAUAUUGAUUGGGAACACUAUAGUACGAGUACUAUAGAUGGGUCAGUUUUGUCCAGUGUGUGCAGGAAGGCUUCCUGACACAGUAUGUACACAGCCCAACAAGGGGUGAGGCCACAUUAGAUUUGGUACUGGGUAAUGAGCCCAGCCAGGUGUUAGACUUGGAAGUAAGUGAGCACUUUGGUGACAGCGACCACAAUUCUGUUAUGUUUACUUUUAGUGAUAGAAAGGGAUAGGUGUAUACCACUGGGCAAGAGUUACAGCUGGGGAAAAGGCAAUUCUGAUGCGAUUAGGCAAGAUUUAGGAAGCAUAGGAUGGAGAAGGAAAACUGCAGGGGAUAUGCACAUUAGAAAUGUGGAGCUUAUUCAAAGAAAAGCUACUGUAUGUCCUCUAAGUAUGUACCUGUCAGGCAGGGAGAAAGCUGUACAGCGCGGGAGCCGUGGUUUAUGAAGGAAGUGGAAUCUCUCUUCAAGAGGAAGAAGCAGGCUUAUGUUAGGAUGAGAUGUGAAGGCUCAGUUAGGGCGCUUGAGGGUUACAAGGUAGCCAGGAAAGACCUAAAGAGAGAGCCAGGAGGAGACAUGAGAAGUUGUUGUCGAGGAGAUUACUGAGAUACAGGCUACUAGACUAGGUGUGAUUGAGGUUCACAAGGAGGAGGUAUUAGAAAUCCUGCAGAGUGUGAAAAUAAAUAAGUCCCCUGGGCCGGAUGGGAUUUAUCCUAGGAUCCUCUGGGAAGCCAGGGAGGAGAUUGCCGAGCCUUUGGCAUUGAUCUUUAAAUCAUCAUUGUCUACAGGAAUAGUGCCAGAGGACUGGAGGAUAGCAAGUGUGGUUCCCCUGUUCAAGAAGGGGAGUAGAGACAACCCUGGUAACUAUAGACCAGUGAGCCUCACUUCAGUUGUUGGAAAAGGUUAUAAGAGAUAGGAUUUAUAAUCACCUAGAAAAGAAUAAUUUGAUUAGGGAUAGUCAGCACGGUUUCGUGAAGGGUAGGUCGUGCCUCACAAACCUUAUUGAGUUCUUUGAAAAGGUGACCAAAAAGGUACAUGAGAGUAAACCGGUUGAUGUGGUGUAUAUGGAUUUCAGCAAGGCAUUUGAUAAGGUUCCCCACAGUAGGCUAUUGUACAAAAUGCGGAUGAAUGGGGUUGUGGGAGAUAUAGCAGUUUGGAUCAGUAAUUGGUUUGCUGGAAGAAGACAGAGUGGUGGUUGAUGGGAAAUGUUCAUCCUGGAGUCCAGUUACUAGUGGUGUACCGCAAGGGUCGGUGUUGGGUCCACUGCUGUUUGUCAUUUUUAUAAACAACCUGGAUGAAGACAUAGAAGGGUGGGUUAGUAAAUUUGCAGACGACACUAAGGUUGGUGGAGUUGUGGAUAGUGACGAAGGAUGUUGUAGGUUACAGAGAGACAUGGAUAAGUUGCAGAGCUGGGCUGAGAGGUGGCAAAUAGAGUUUAAUGCGGACAAGUGUGAGGUGAUUCACUUUGGUUGGAGUAACCGGAAUGCAAAGUACUGGGCUAAUGGUAAGAUUCUUGGUAACGUAGAUGAGCAGAGAUCUCAAUGUCCAUGUACACAGAUCCUUGAAAGUUGCCACCCAGGUUGACAGGGUUGUUAAGAAGGCAUACGAUAUUUUAGCUUUUAUUAACAGAGGGAUCGAGUUCCGGAACCAUGAGGUUAUACUGCAGCUGUACAAAACUCUGGUGCAGCCGCACUUGGGAGUAUUGUGUACAGUUCUGGUCACCACAUUAUAAGAAGGAUGUGGAAACUUUGGAAAGGGUGCAGAGGAGAUUUACUAGGAUGUUGCCUGGUAUGGAGGGAAGAUCUAAUAAGGAAAGGCUGAAAGACUUGAGGCUGUUUUCAUUAGAGAGAAGAAGGUUGAGAGGUGACUUAAUAGAGACAUAUAAGAUAAUCAGAGGGUUAGAUUGGGUGGACAGGGAGAGCCUUUUUCUGAGAAUGGUGACGGCAAGCACGAGGGGGCAUAGCUUUAAAUUGAGGGGUGAUAGAUAUUGGACAGAUGCCAGAGGUAGUUUCUUUACUCAGAGUAGUAAGGGUAUGGAAUGCUUUGCCUGCAACAGUAGUAGAUUUGCCAACUUAAAGUGCAUUUAAGUCGACAUUGGACAAGCAUAUGGAUGUACAUGGAAUAGUGUAGGUUAGAUGGGCUUCAGAUUGGUAUGACAGGUCAGCGCAACAUGGAGGGCUGAAGGGCCUGUACUGCGCUGUAAUGUUCUAUGUUCUAUUCACGUACUUAUCCAAAUGCCUUUUUAAACUUUGUAACUGUACCUGAAUCCACCACUUUCUCUGGCAGCUCAUUCCACAUAUGAGCCACCCUGUGUGAAAAAAGAUGCCCCUUAUGUCCUUUUUUAAAUCUUUCUCCUCUCACCUUAAAAAUAUGCCAGAGAAGAACGGGAGACUGUGUGGAGUUUGCACAUUCUCCCUGUGUCUGUGUGGUUUUCUUCCAGGUGCUCCGGUUUCCUCCCACAGCCCAAAGAUGUGCAGGUUGGGUGAAUUGGCCAUGCUAAAUUUCCCAUUGUGCAUUAGUCAGAGGGAAAUGGGUUGGGGUGGGUUACUCUUCAGAGGGUCGGUGUGGACUUGUUGAGCCAAAGGGCCUGUUUCCAUACUGUAUGUAAUCUAAUCUAAUCUCAAGUACCCAAUCUGGCCAAGAAAUCCUUGUUCUGUAAAUGCAUCGUGAUUACUUUGACCAGUACUUUCACCUUGACCUGUACUAUAUCUGUACUGCCAAAUGUUAUUAAA